CUAAAUUUCUUAGACAAUCUUCAUCUAAUUUUCCGCACAUUCAGGCAUCAAGACUACGGAAAUGGUAGAACCACACUCUAGUACCGAUGAGCUACGACAGCUGGAAGCUUUCAAAUCGCAGUUGGAGUGUGACGUCAGAGAGCUGGUGCAGUCCCUAGAGACUAACGAGUCGGCUGGUGCUGUUGUUAUUCGCUGUCUGCACGAAAGUUUGCAACAGAAGAAAGACGAACUGUGCAACAUAUCGAAGAGACUGCAAGAUUGCCGUUUAGAGCGAACACUAAGAUCGGAUGAUGCUCGAUUGGAGUGUGUACAUGUUGAUGAACAUGAACAUGCCACUCAAGAUAGUAGGGGAAUGUCGAUAGAAAACUUACUGUCUGACUUCACAAGGGUUGUUGGAACAGACUGGCCUGAACUUGCACUGCGACUGGGAUUCCGAGAGGUCGAAGUGCGGUGCUACAGAGACGACCACAAAACAAUGCAGAAGGCGGCCUGCGCAAUGUUGUAUGAGUGGUAUGAUAAGAAUGCUCCACAGAACCCUUUACAGAUACUAAACAAUGAGCUGAAAGUGAUACGAUCAGAAAACCAAGAAACUUCACUAAAGGUAUUACGUUUGAGCAGUGAAGAUGCCAGCGGACGAGAUAGAGUUAAACCUUCUGCUUCAGCUGGCAGCUCACGUGACUUGGAGUUGUUUCAAUUUGCAAAACUUGUUGGCACUGACUGGUCACAGCUGGCAGUUCAGCUUGGUUUUACAGAGAUGGACGUGAAGUGCUAUGAGGCAGACCUACCAACUAAUCAACAACGAUCUAAACAAGUGGUGUUUGAUUGGUACUACAAGUCGUGUCCAGAUGAUCCCGUGUCUGUGCUUCGAGCACAUCUUGACGAAGCGAGGAAGAAUAAACGUGAUACAGGCCCAGGCCCAGUGGGCAUUAUCUUUCCAUCAGAGAUCGGAAGGAAACCAAUGAUAUUUGGACGAGAAAUGGAAUUGGCCCAACUUGCUAAUAACUUUUGGCAGAACAACCCAAAGUCUGCACGCAUAUUGGAAAUCAGAACUGUGAUCAUUCAGAUUGUGUCGGGCUUAGGAGGUGUUGGCAAGACAGCUUUAGCUAUCGUGUUUGCGCAUGAAUAUAAAGAUGCAUAUAGUGAUGGCGUGUUCCAUCUCAACUCUGAGAGUCAAGCAUCGUUGCAAAAUUCUCUUAAACGAGCUUUGGCCCAGUUGGGUUCGAAAUAUCGGCAGCCUUCAUCCUCAGUUGAAGAGGAUUUUGAGAUGCUGAUGGAUUAUGUUCGUUUACAUCCACGUGUUCUUUUGCUUUAUGAUUCUGCUGAUGAACUUGAUAAUAUUGCUAAGCUUUUGCCCCACGAGCAUGCAUCUGCUCAUGUUUUGAUAACAACUCGACACAGUAGUGACCACUCUGUUAUGCAACGAGGCACUAUGCUUUCAUUGACAUACCUUGAUGGAGACAAUGGAGUUCAAGCCUUGCUGAAUGCUGCAGGACGAGUUUCAACUCUCUCUGAUGAAGCAGUCACUGUGAAGGAAUCUCUGGAUGAGUUAAGGUUUGCUAAGAAGCUUGUUCAAGAAUCACCCAUAGAAGGGCUAGCACUAGCCAUUAUUCAUGCGGCAAAGUUUAUGAAGAAGAAAGCAAUGGGUUGCAGGAAAUACUACGAGAUGUUGAAGGCAGAAGAAACGAAGCUUAGCUCGAAUGACUCCGACCUUAAUCAAAUUCUCAGAUACUUUCGAUUGACUGAGAUAGAAGGAGUCCUACGUAGCAAUGGUAUUUUGAGACUGUCCGACUUGAUUAAUUCUUCUAAGUCUUUUCUAACGUCUCUCACCAUUAAGCCGUAUCAAAGGGAAAUGCUCAUGUCUGUUUAUAAAAAGCUUGUUGACAAGAAGCUAUCUUUUAUAGUAUGGGAGAUGGAUCUAGACAUGGUCACCCGUGAAAAUCCACAUGCCAGCAUGGUUUUAGACUUUGCAUCUCUACUAUCCAGUCGGGAAAUUCCCGACAGUUUGCUAUGUCGAGCAGUGUUUUCUGAUAAUGAUGAUGUGGCUCAGUAUGAAAUGAGUGCUGCUGUAACGAGUUUGUCUGAAUACAGUUUGAUUGGUGUUACAGAAAGUAAUGAUGUUAAUGGCUCUCAAUAUAAUGUUCAUCCUCUAGUUCAGCAAUCGGUUUGGGAAAGGCAGCUUCAAGAUCUUUCUUCUCUGCAUCAGAGGCUCGACGCGAUGUCUCAGAUUCUACUCGAUACAUUGUCAUUUAGUCGACGCUCUAUAAGUGAUAACAUUGGGAAGCCUGAGGUGUCAAUGCUGAUCCAGCAUCUCUACUCGGUUGCAAGACGGAUUCUGAGUGUUGAGUACGAUUCAUCAACAGCCGAUUCUUUGGUGGAUCUUGCUUGUCGGUUCUCACUGGAAGCUGUUCAUGUCGAAACCGCAAGUUUGCUGUGUAGCAAAAAGCUCCAAAUGGCUGAAAAGCAAAGUGCUGACGGGAAAGAUCCACGUCUUGUAAUGUCUUAUUGUCGAGCUCUUAGGCUACAAGGCAAAGCCAAAGACAUACAAGGUCGUUCCAAAGAAGCAGAACAGACUUUUGAAAUGGCGCUGUCUCUUAUCAAGCAACUUCACCCUAACAUGCAGAAGGCUUCUCGUAGCGUGUAUGCGGCAGUUCUUGAUGAUUUGGCUGGUUGCUACCUUGACCAGCUUCAGUUUGAUCGAGCAGUAGCUCUCUAUAACAAAUCACUGAAAAUCAAUGAAGAAGAAGGAAGCAUUGAUGAUACAAUCGUUUCUCUUCACAAUCUGGCUCUGGCAUACGACAAGGCAGGGAAUUGGAAUUCUGCUAUAGCUCAAUAUGAGAAAGUUCUACGUAUAGAAAGCACAUGUGAAGGACAAAGCAGAGAAAGUAUUGCUACAACUAAGAUGAAUCUGGCGAUUUGUCUGCAACAAAUUGGGCAGUUGGAUAGAUCAAUUAGGCUGCUUAAAGAAGUUUUGCAAGUUCAUCGUGAAACCCUUGGAGAAACUAACAGUGAUCUAUCAAGAGUUCUAGGACAUCUAGCAGAUGUCUACUCAGAAAACGAGGACUAUCGCACAGCAUUUAAGUACAGCAAUGAAGCCUUGGAAAUACUUAAAUCAGCUCUUCCACCGGAUCAUCCUGAUCUAGCAAUAUACAUGAACAGGAAUGCGUCUUGUUUGGAGGGACUUGAAAGGUUUGACGAAGCGAUUGCAAUGUAUGAGGCAGCAUUGCCUCUGCUGAGAGCUCACUCGUCAGUAAAAGAUCAUCUGACUGUUUGUCUAAACGACUAUGGUGCUUGCUUGGAAAAGAUGGACAGAUAUGCUGAUGCGGCCGUUGCAUUGAAAGAGUGCCUGGAAAUUGAACGGAAUAUUUAUCCUCCAGGACACCCUGAACUCUGCUCUACAUUGAGCAAUCUUGGUGGUGUUCUCUUCUCACAAGAUCGCUUUGCAGAGGCAGCUGAGCUCAACCUCGAAGCCGUUAACAUUAUGAAAGACAAGGCACCGCAGUCACUAGACUUUGCUAAACUCCUUCAAAACUACAGCGGUUGCCUUCUUAAACUGCAUCGAUUUCGAGACGCUGAAGCUUGCUGCAGGGAAGCAGUUAAUAUUUUGAUGUUUCUCUACGGAAGAGACAGUCGAAGAGUUCGUGAAGCUCAACAAUUCCAUUCCUUUAUCCAGCAACUACUUCAGCAAAUGUAGGCUAUAUUAUCAAUUGCUGAUACAGAAGCAGGCAUGUACAUAAACACAGAUGCAGAUCAUGGCAACAAGUAUAGACUGGGGUGUAUACAUAGU